AUGACUUCUACAUGUGGAAGUACGCUGUUACUUACUGGGUUAUGUCUUACUGUUGCGUUCGUUUACAUCUACAGAAAAGUUGUACCACAUGAUCAUCAACCUCUUGGAAACUUGGCAGAUGUCAAGUCAUCUCAUGCAAUUUAUAAAGAGAAGUUUUGGGAUAGCUCGGCUUAUGCUGACCUUCCGUUUGGAAAGACUCAUUAUUUCUUGAUCGGACCAGAAGAUGGUGAAAAGAUUGUGUUUGUUCAUGGCAUUUCAUGUCCAGGAGCAUGCUUUCCCUCUUUUAUGAAUGCCUUGGCUAAAAAAGGCUAUCGGAUUCUUAUUUAUGAUCAUUAUGGACGAGGUUACUCUGAUUCGCCUGGUGUAAAUUACUCUCAGGAUUUAUAUGUUGCUCAGUUGGCUAUGCUGCUGCAAAAAAUCGAAUGGACUAGUGCACAUAUUCUUGGUUAUUCACUUGGUGGUGCAAUUACUGCUCAUUUUGUUGCCAAGUUUCCUAAACUAGCAAAGAGUGUCAUGUUUAUUGCACCUACUGGCUUGAUGACGAAACUUCCUCCCAUUUCUUGGAUUUUACAUGUUCCCAUUCUGGGUCCAUUUAUUUUCUAUACUUUUGGUGUAGAUGUUUUGUGCAAGCUUUCUCAAAAGAAUUUUGUGCUGGAUCAACACACCAAUGAUAACCUGACUCAUUUGGUAAAACUCAAUACGUUCAUGAUUCGGUAUCAUCCAGGCUAUCUUCGUUCUUAUUUUUCCACCGUACUGCAUUUCAAGUUUGGGGGAAAUGAUGAGUAUUUUGCUCGGAUAGAGAAAUCUCAUCCAAAUAAAACCAUGGCCAUUUGGGGUACCGAGGACAAAGUGGUGCCGUUUAUUCACGCAGCCGAGUUGCAGCACCUCAUGCCCAGCUUAAAAAUGGUGGUCAAGGAAAACUGUGGACAUUCUAUUGUAGCCGAGUUUCCAGAGUUUUGCGUUGAAUCGGUCGAUGCGUUUUUAUCCAAAAACAAAUAAAAACUUGUGUAUG